CCCAAAAUGGCGGAGCUGUGGAGCAGUGUUCGUGCUGCGCCAGCUGACAAACAGGAGCCGCUUGCCAAGCCGAGAGAAGUGAUCCCUGUAAAGGGCGGCGCAGAGGUUAGAAUCCAGCCGCCACCUUCCACCUCUUCCGCCACAAGUACCCGGGUUCUUCAUCCCGCCAAGAAGAUCCGUACAGACGAGAAGGGUUUGAAGCCGAAGCGUGUGAAUGGCGAGGGGGGAGGAGGGGGCGGGAGUAACAGCGGGCUAUCGAGCUAUGGCAGCUCCUCAACAUGGAGUUUCCCGGCCGUGGCCAGCGUCAGUGGCAGUCCGUGCCUCGCCCCACCCGGCCCCUCACACCCCGUGACACCCACUGACAAGCUGAAGAAGCCCCGAGACAAGGAAAAGAAGAGGCGGCGGGAGGAAGGCGGGGACGAGAACGGAGAGGUGAAGACGAAAUCUGUGGGAAUCCCCCGCCUUGCCACCCCAGUUGCUGCCGUGAAGAGUGAAAUGAAAGAGAAACUCAAGGUUAAAGACAAAGAGAAACUGAAGGAAAAAAAGAAGCAUAAAUUAAUGAAUGAAAUAAAGAAGGAAAAUGGCGAGAUGAAGCUACCACAGAAAGGGUCGAAUGAGAAGCCUAAACCAAACGCAGAAGAGCUACAAAUUAAAAAAGUUAAGAAGAAAAAGAAAAAGAAACACAAAGAUGGGGAGAAACGAAAACAUCCCAAAAUGUAUAGCAAAUCUAUUCAGACCAUCUGUUCAGGACUGGUUUCUGAUAUAAGGAAACUUCAAAACCAGGAAGCCAAAGUAGAACAUGAGGACCAUUAUAAGGACAUGCACGGAAAGGUGGAGAAAAAGAAGAGUGCGGCGGAGAAUGAAUUUCCUUUUGUCUCGUUGAAGGAGCCACGUGUUCAGCACAAGCUUAAACGUUUGGACUCAUUGGAAUUUAAGCACUUCAUUCACAUUGAACACCAGCCUAAUGGUGGGGCUUCUUUAAUCCACGCGUACAGCAGUGAGCUCUCUCAACUGUCUCCUGUGGAGAUGGAAAGGUUUGCCGAGGAAUUUGUAAACCUGGUUUUUAGUGAGAAUGAAAACUGUGCAGCUUAUUAUGUCAUGGGGAUUGUACAUGGGGCAGCUACAUACUUACCAGAUUUCUUAGACUAUUUUUCCUUUAAUUUCCCGAACUCCCCAGUCAAAAUGGAAAUCUUGGGCAAGAAAGACAUUGAGACAACAACCAUUUCAAAUUUCCAUGCUCAGGUAAAGAGAACAUACUCCCAUGGCACGUACAGAGCAGGGGCGAUGAGGCAGAUUAGCCUGGUUGGAGCAGUGGAUGAGGAAGUUGGCGACUAUUUUCCAGAAUUCCUGGACAUGCUGGAAGAGUCACCCUUUUUAAAGUGUACUCUGCCCUGGGGGACGCAAUCAAGCCUGCAGCUGAAGAGUCGGAAAGAUAGUGAUGAUGGUCCCAUUAUGUGGGUGCGCCCAGGAGAGCAGAUGAUUCCUGUGGCCGACAUGCCAAAGUCACCGUUUAAAAGAAAAAGAACUACCAAUGAAAUAAAAAACCUACAGUACCUACCUCGAGCUAGCGAGCCUCGGGAAAUGCUGUUUGAAGACCGAACGAGAGCACAUGCAGAUCACAUAGGCCAAGGUUUUGAGAGGCAGACCACAGCAGCGGUGGGGGUGUUAAAGGCGGUGCAUUGCGGAGAUUGGAAUGAACAGCCCCUUAUAACCAAAGACGUUAUAUGUUUUCAUGCUGAAGAUUUUUUAGAGGUGGUACAGAGACUGCAGCUCGACUUGCAUGAACCUCCACUGUCUCAGUGUGUCCAGUGGGUUGAUGAUGCAAAACUGAAUCAACUGCGCAGAGAAGGUAUCCGCUAUGCCAGGAUACAGCUGUAUGAUGAGGACAUCUAUUUUAUUCCGCGGAAUGUUGUACAUCAGUUCAAGACUGUUUCGGCUGUGUGUAGCCUGGCUUGGCACAUCCGACUCAAGAGGUACCAUCCAGAAGUGAAUUCUGCACAGCCAAGUAAUAUCUUGGAAAAACCAGAUUUGGAGAAGAAUAACAAGCCAGACAUUGCAAAAGAAGAAAAUAUACUAGGUGCUUCUAGCACACAUACCUCUCAUGUACAGUCGUCUGAUGUUGGGCCAUUAAAAGACCCAACACAAAAAACCCUGCAAAUAAAACACAAACCAAUUUCUCCCAUCCUAGCGGGAAAGGAACUUGGUAGUAUAACUCUUCCUCCAUUUUCUUCACCACCUGCAGAAUGUCAGACUGUUAGAGCUAAAGCUGAUCAUGCUAAGGACUCCCACAUAAAGCUUGAUGUGGCGUCUGUGUUGGACAUGAUUAACAAAGACUCGAGGGAUGUCAGAAUUCCCAUCACUCCAGAGGACACCAGACAGCGACCGUCACCGAAUCCAGCUGUGCGGACAGAAGAGGGAAACCAAUGCUGAAAUCUGUACACACGGCUAAUUUUAUUUUUCUCGAUCUGAUUGGUAAAUGACAGAGCAGGCUUUUGGUUUUCUCUGUUGUCUGUUACUGAAUAUAGUUAUGUAGCGAUGUAACAUUCCUCAGUGCCUGUCCAUAACUGUGAACUAUCAAAGCACUUAGGGCCAGAUGCACUGUAAACACUGCAGGUUUAACAUAAAGAUGUCUCUAAAUUUUUAAGUUGUAGGUUCUAGAAUAGAGCUGACAUUAACAUAUAUAUAUUUUUUGUAUGAUGAGCCAGAAUUCUUUUUUGAGAGUUCCAGGCUUUUCCAUAGAGCUUAUUUAUAUCAGUUUUUCAUUUUAAAUGUGUCAGCACUGUAGUGUAAAUAGCUUUUUUAAUCUUUUUAGUGUGAUUUAUAAUUAAAUUUGAACCAACUAAUAAAGGUUCAUAACAAUACUAUUGUUUUUAUUUCCAAAUAGCGUCUGGCAUGACUCUGCCUCGGUACCCAAGGAGUUAAUCAUGCGAUUUUACCAAAUUUUAUAUUGGAUUAAUCGAUAAAGGCAAAACACUGCUUGCUUGAGAUAUGCCACAUAAGAAGAUCAACAUUUCUAGAAUCUUAUGCUCUCGUGCCUUUUUAUAAAAUACUUUUGCGUUGGGUUAGUCAUCAUUCCUCAGUUAGGUAAUUAUAUUUAACGGAAAUUUCAGUGUGGUCUUUGAAUAACUUCUGUAAAAGAAAAUCGAGAUCCUUAACUGUAUUUGUUAAUGUAUUUAAACAUAUUUUAAA